CCGUGUUUGGUUCGUCUAAAUGUGCGAGCUUUCGGAUCCGAUUGGCGAUUCUCAAUCAAUCAGUAUACCCACCUCCUCCUCCUCCUUCUUCCUCCUCUUCUUCAGCACUCAGUCACUGAUAUAUAUAUAUAUAUAUAUAUAAAGCCCAAUUAACUAGCAAGAAACUGCACUCAACCCCUUCCUAUAUAUAGAAAUCCCCCCCAUUCCUCAAUUUCUUCUGCAGAAUUGCGCAAUUCUUGAUUACAACCGCAAUUGAAUUGAAUGAAUGAACCAUUCUCUCACAGUUCAACAGCCAACCCACAAACUGUCAUCAUCCUCUCGACACCAUUCAUGGCACACGAAAAUGGGAGGCGGGAGCAUUGAGGGGAUCAAAUGGUGUUCCGGUGAUUCUGUUAGCUGUUGACUUUUCUCUGAGCAUGAUACCAGGGAGCAUUGAAGUUCCGGUUGACUUGAUCUCAGGUUUGGUCAUCAACUUACCUUCUAGAUUUCACGGUGGACUUCUGGCGAAUACUGCCGCUUUGGGAGCUUUUAUUGUGUCACGUCCGGUUUAUGCAUUAUCUGGUGUCAGAAAAAGGGGGUGCAGGAAUCUCAAUCGAGUGGUUUCAAUGCUCAUAGGAACUGUCCAGUUCCGCAGGAAUAUCAUACAAAGACUUGUAUGCUAGCACUGGGUUUUGGCUCUCGUAGUUACUGGAGCGGCGCUUUACUGAAUCUGCAGCCUGGUUUCUGAAAUUGGUCUGUGCAAAUUUUGGACAUGAGAAGCCCCUGGUUUAAUAAACUAACUCUACUCUUAGGGCCCAGACCACCUUUGAGCUGGUUGCUCUUGUGCCUCAUAAGUGUUCUAGCCUUAAUCACUGUUUUGGGAUCUUCUUCCUCGAAUGCGUUCGACGCUGUGGCUUCAACUUCAGGACCUGACAUAUACACAAACUAUAGAAGGCUAAAAGAGCAGGCAGCUGUCGAUUAUUUGGAGCUGAGGUCUCUCUCAUCAGGUGCUAGUAAACAAAAGGAGUUCAGUCUUUGUGGGAAAGAAAGAGAGAACUUUGUCCCGUGCUACAAUGUUUCCGCUAAUCUAUUGGCUGGGUAUAAGGAUGGUGAGGAGUUCGAUCGGCAUUGCGAGCUGUCAAGAGUUGAAGAGAAAUGUUUGGUUCGUCCACCGAAAGAGUAUAAGACCCCUCUGAGAUGGCCCGCUGGUAGGGAUGUGAUAUGGAGCGGAAAUGUGAAGAUAACCAAAGACCAAUUUCUCUCAUCUGGAAGCAUGACUAAAAGGAUGAUGCUCCUAGAAGAGAAUCAGAUCGCAUUCCACUCUGAUGAUGGGUCAAUCUUUGAUGGCGUCAAAGAUUAUUCUCGUCAAAUUGCAGAGAUGCUAGGAUUAGGAAGUGACAGUGACUUCAUUCAAGCUGGAGUUCGCACAGUUUUAGAUAUCGGGUGUGGUUUUGGUAGUUUUGGAUCUCACCUCCUAUCGUUGAAGGUAAUGGCUGUUUGUAUUGCGGAAUACGAGGCAACUGGUAGUCAAGUUCAAUUGGCUCUUGAGAGAGGUCUUCCAGCGAUGAUUGGGAACUUCAUCUCUAAACAGCUUCCAUACCCAUCAUUAUCUUUCGACAUGGUUCAUUGUGCCCAAUGCGGUGUUGUUUGGGAUGAGAAAGGUACUCAAACAGAGGGAAUGUUACUCUUAGAAGUUGAUCGGGUCCUCAAGCCUGGAGGUUACUUUGUCUUGACCUCACCCUCGCUGAAGUCAAACGGAAGCUCAGUGAAUAUGAAGAAGAGAAUCAUGUUUACUCCACUGGAAACGAUCACGCAGGAAAUCUGUUGGACUCUUUUGGCUCAGCAGGAUGAGACUUUUAUUUGGCAGAAAACUUCAGAUGUCCAAUGUUACUCUUCCCGCAAGCAGGCUUCUGUACCAGUCUGUAGAGGACAUGAUAGUCAAUCGUACUAUCAGCCGCUAGUCUCGUGCAUAACUGGGCCUUCUAGCAGUCGCUGGAAUCCGAUCCAAAAUCGUUCAUCUAGUCUCCUUUUGAGUCCAGAAGACCUCGAAGUCCAUGGAGUUCAUCCUGGAGACUAUUAUGAGGACAUACAGCUGUCAAGAUCUGCUCUGAAGAAUUAUUGGUCUCUGCUCACUCCCCUGAUUUUCUCUGACCACCCAAAGAGGCCGGGGGAUGAAGACCCAUUGCCUCCAUUCAACAUGGUUCGUAAUGUGAUGGACAUGAAUGCCCAUUAUGGAGGACUGAAUUGGGCUUUUUUGGAAGAGAAGAAAUCAGUUUGGGUUAUGAAUGUUGUCCCAGUUGGGGCUCCUAAUACGCUUCCUCUCAUACUUGAUCAAGGUUUUGCAGGUGUUUUGCAUGACUGGUGUGAACCAUUCCCCACAUAUCCCAGAACUUAUGAUAUGCUUCACGCAAAUGGUCUCCUCUCACACCUGAGCCAUCAUAGGUGCAGUAUGAUGGAUGUAUUGUUGGAGAUGGACCGAAUACUGAGGCCUGAGGGAUGGAUUGUACUCUGUGAUAAAGUUCGAGCUAUAGAGAUGGCGAGGACGUUUGCUAGUCAGAUACGUUGGGAAGCUCGGGUGAUUGACCUCCAGAACGGGAGUGACCAGCGGUUACUUGUUUGUCAAAAGCCAUUCGUGAGAAAGUAGUCGAUUCAGCCCCUGGGACACCUCACUGGCACAGAUCUGUACAUUGUUUUUAGCUUCGACCAUGUGGGAGCAAGAGAAGCUCCAUCGAAGUAUGAUAUGGCUCCACGAGAUCAGAUGAUGUAUGUGACAAAAAAUUGUCAAACUGAAGCUUGCUGUAAAGCAGUGGGUUUGGCGAAGAAAGUAAUUCCAAAUACAAUUUUCAUCAAUGCAUGUGUAGCUAUUCUUUCAUCCGAUUUUUUUUUUCUCAGGCAAUUUUGGUAUCUCUCUCUUUUUUUCUUUUUUUUUUCUCAGUCAAUUAUUUUGUACUGGUCCAUACUAUCUGUACUGUGAAAACAUGCCAUAUAUCCGUUCAAUGUGAGAGUUAUAAUUAAGAGCUUCCUUUGCAUUA